CUGGUCUAGCUCCAAUGCUUCCCCCUUGGUCACCCCCUACUCAAUUGCUGCCCGUUUACCAGCCACCCGGUUCUCGCAACAAAGGCACACGUCGUCCUACGUGUCGGCCGAUGCAUCGUAAAGCACCAAAACACCACCGUCCUGCGAAUAUUCCGGGCACGGGCAUCUCGACGCGUGCAGCAGCAGUAGUAGACAUAACCAGCAACCCACCCUCGGCGACCGACACCAUCCACAAUGGCCGCCAACUUCUGGGACUCGACACAGCGCAAGAACUGGCUCUUCACCAAGGAGCAGCUAGUCACCAAACGCCAGGCGCUCCUGGAUGACGAGCCGACGCUGGUGCAGAUGUACUCGCUGCCGGAAUGGAGGCAUAUGAACAUUUAUUUCAACCAGCAGAUCAACAAGCUGGGUAGGAAACUCGGCGUCCGCCAGCAGGUCAUGGCCACGGCCCAGAUGUACAUCAAGCGCUUCUACAUCAAUGUCGAGGUCCGCCGUACCAACCCCCUCCUCGUCGCCAUCACCGCCGUCUACCUCGCCUGCAAGAUGGAGGAGAACCCCCAGCACAUCAGGUUGAUCAUGAACGAGACGCACAAGAUAUGGCCAACCGAGACAUCCACUUUCGACGUCCCCAAGAUCGGCGAGUGCGAGUUCUACCUCAUAUCUGAGAUGCACGCCAACCUGAUCGUGCACCAGCCCUACCGCACCCUCAACGCUCUACAAACCAAGUUCUACCUCUCCAACGACGAUGUGGCCCUCGCCUCGUCCUUUAUCAAUGAUCACUACAUGACAGACCUGCCCCUGGUCUACGCCCCGCACACCGUCGCCCUGGCCUCCAUCAUGUUAGCUCUCGUCCUGCGGCCCCCAACCGGUGCCCAGUCGGGGAGCGGCCCCGGAGGUGCCGGCCAAGUCGGCGGCGUGCCGCUGAGCCUGAACCUCGCCAAUGCCACGCACAUCAUGCAGCAGACGGCUGCCCGGGCGGCGCAGCAGGGUGGCGGCGGCUCGAGCGGCAACUACGGGGGCCUCGCCAUCAGCCCAAGCCGCCAGCGUCAACAGCAACAACAGCAGCAGUACCGCGCACAGCAGGCCAAGUCCGCUCUGGCCCAGAAGGAAGCCCAGCUCAACAGGGAAAAAAGCAAGCUGCAACGCUUUGCCAGCUGGCUCUCGGAGAGCGGCGUCGACGUCGAAGCCAUGAUCGAUUGUACCCAGGAGCUCAUUGCGUUCUACGAGUGUCACGAGCAGUACAACGACAAGGGCACCAGAGACCAGAUUUCCCGUUUCGUGAAGGGACGAGGCAUGUGACCUCUCUAUGUCGCCCAUACAUUGCGAGACCAGUCUAUACACAGGUCCAGUGUCCUGGCAUGCUUCUCCAAGCUGUACGCAUGGAUGCUGGAAAUUCCGUCCGCGGUCCGACCCAGAUCGCCAGCGCCAAUUGGGCCGCUGGGAACGGGAGCGGUCCUUGCGGCACCCCAUGCCACAGCGUCGAUCUUUGCCCCGUGCUCCCGCCGGUGCCGCUCCGCUGUGGCAUAGCUCUCCCGAAGCGAUCGCUUUGGCCGGCUUGAAACGCAAGCGGACGCGCAGCGCCAAGGCCACAUUCCCUCUAUGAACCACAUCUAGCCUUACAGGGCAGAUUUGAAGGUCGCGUAAGCGGAGUGGAACGCGAGACUGAAGGCCCUCCAUUCCAUAUGACGCUCAAGGCUGCAUAUGUAGGUAUGGAAACGGGCCUCGCAGGCUGCCCGUGCAUGUUUGACCAUGCUGUCCCACGGCAUCCGUGAUGUUCUGUAGGGAUUCCAGGCAUCCUACAUUUUUAUACCCUCUGCAAAAGAGCCUCGGGACAAUCUGGGCGCAUUUUCGGUAUCUGCUUGGGACCGCUGUGCCAGUGGGUUUCGCCCACGCCCCGUCAGCACCCACGCCAGACCAACGCCACGGGGACAAGGUUAUGAUGUGAUAUUUAUUAAACCUUGCAUAUCAUUCUUACAUCUGUAUAUUGGCGACGUGGACACGUCUUGGGCUAGCGGCAGACACGGACCGAGGACCAGAGCAAAACCCAAAAUUCCUUGCACCCACAUGCAUAUCUGCAUGUAUCAUGGCGCCUAAUCUUGCAGAACGUCAAUGGAGCAUGCUUACGAGAGGCGCUACCGGGAAGCAUCCGUGCUUUUUUUUUUUUCUCGAUUUGUGUUUUCUGUGUGAACCCGAUGGGAUUAUGCGCCAUGCCUCGCGCCCAAGGCAUAGAACCCGAAGCUUGAUAGCGAUGUGGCGGCUUUAGAAUAGGCGGAAGACGACGCAAGACAUGACCACCGAGUCAAGGGAACCGUGGAACUUUCGAUGCGCGGGCGGAUGGGGGGGUGAUGGUAGACCGGGAGAAGGCUGCUUUUCACUAGCCACUACCAUCCAUGCCUGGGGCGUGAGGCGAGUGUAACCGUCGGGCUCCUGCUUAGGCACAACCUUCCUAGAUCCAUCCCAUCAAGGCUUGAAAGAGCACUCGGGGGGGGUGCCCCCGGUUCUGCGUGCUUCAAACGCCGGCGCCCGGUUUCUGUCCGCUCCCCAUCGCCCGUCCUGUUAGUGUUGACGUGAUGGGUGGAUGAUUGUGC